CGGUGAAAAUGGUAGAGAGAGGUUUUUGCAUAUUUGUCAACUCCGACGAAAACAGAGCUGAGAAACGAUGGCGAAGUGAAUUUGGAUUUGAUAAUUUCUCAGAGCUUGCUUCGUUUGAUGGAUGGGAGAGUGUGUGUCCACUUCCUUUCUGUUGAAUGACAAAUUUUACUUUCGACGGAUGAUUUCGAACGACCAUUGAAAGAUUCAGGGGGGGGAUUAGCGUAGAAAAGAGAUCACUGUCGUCAUUUGUUAUCGAUUGUUGUUGGGAAAACGAGUGGAAAUCUUGCUCCUCCACGUUCGCCUUCCCAUCUUCUUGAUUCUCGAUCCGAGAAUCGAAGAAGCAGAGGCGUCCCAUCAUCCACCGUCGCCGGUGCUCCAAGGUGGGAGCAUCUGGCGCCGACCCAGAAGCGCUAGAGUCGUCUUUAGUGAAAUUCAAGAGCGACCCACCAAGCAUCGCCGCCGCAUCGCGCCCGCCCACCUCUCAAGUUCACUCCUUUUCGCCCCUGGGGAAGGCCCGCGCCGUCGUCUCCGGGGUCGCCGCCGUCUCGCCGCCGGUGGUGCCUCCGGGGGGAUAGAGGGGGCGCAGGAUGAAGCGGCGAGGCGGGAUCGGGUUCUCCCUCCCCGUCGCCGUCGUCGUCCUCGCGAUCGGCUUCCUCUACUUCUCCACCGUCUUCGUGUUCAUCGACCGCUGGUUUGGCCUCGCCUCCUCGCCGGGCCUCAUGAACGCCGCCGCCUUCACCGCGGUCGCCCUCAUGUGCGCCCUCAACUACGCCGCCUCCGUCUUCACCGACCCGGGUCGGGUCCCUCCCACCUUCGUGCCCGACGUCGAGGAUGGCGAGACUCCGAUCCACGAGAUCAAGCGCAAGGGUGGAGACUUGAGAUAUUGCCAAAAGUGUUCCCUCUAUAAGCCUCCGCGUGCACAUCAUUGUCGAGUUUGCAAAAGAUGUGUUCUGCGAAUGGAUCACCACUGCAUUUGGAUAAACAAUUGUGUUGGCAACGCAAACUACAAGGUGUUCUUUGUAUUUGUUGUCUAUGCAGUAACAGCAUGCAUCUAUUCACUGGUCUUGCUUCUGGGUAGUUUGAUCAGUGAUCCUGAAAAGGAUGAUCAGCAAAGUGAAGACUCCUCGCGAACCAUAUAUGUUAUUUCGGGGCUGUUGCUUGUACCUCUGUGCAUUGCAUUAAGUGUCCUAUUGGGUUGGCACAUCUACCUUAUUUUGCAUAACAAGACCACAAUUGAGUAUCAUGAAGGUGUGAGAGCAAUGUGGUUGGCAGAGAAGGGAGGGAGUGUCUAUAAUCAUCCAUAUGAUCUUGGUGCCUUCGAAAAUUUGACAACGGUGCUGGGUCCAAACAUAUUAACCUGGGUAUGCCCCACAUCUACACACAUCGGUUCCGGUCUUCGCUUCCGCACCUCGUAUGACGAGUUGGCCGCUUCGCCUGAUUCGUAGCCUCUUUCGCUUUGUCGGGAACCGACCUCGAGUCAUACCACAUUCUUUUAACUCACAGAUGCAAUAGAGCGCUCUCCAUUUGAUUUAGAGGUUCCUAGACCGUGCGCCCCCGCGGCUUUGCAUGCAGGAAUUUUCCCACGACUAGCUGCCUGGCUUUCUGAUGCCGAAGCUUUAUGGCUGCGAGGUUCUCGGGAGGCGUGCAGCAGGUGUAGUCUUUGUAAGAUUUGGUUAAAGGUGGGGGAGUUUGGUCUUUCUUUUGGAUUUUGUUGUGUCAUAGGUUUGUCCUUGCGGGUGGUGGUAUAGAGCUCUCGUGCCUGUAUGAAAUUCGGCUCACAACUGUACAAAGAGGAAGGUAUAUAAAAGGAUCAUUCGAUUGCCAGA